AUGGAGAAGGCGCCAGAAAGCUUUACUUUUACUGUUGGAAAACUCGAUGCUGGGAUGGCUAUCCUGCUGGGUGAACGCGCUCAUCUGAUUGAGUUUCCUUCUGUGCUCCUGCCACCUGGAGCGACGACGGGGUCGAUAGUCAGCAUUGCCGUGCACCAAAACCACGCAGAAGAGAAACGACGCGAGGAGGACUUUUGGUCAUUGCAGGAGGACUUUUUGAAGGAAUUUGGUGUUGUGAAGCCUUCCAAUCCUGACCUUCUGCUUCGCCACGUUACCCAAACUUCAGUUACGCUGGAAUGGCCGCCUGUUCAGCUCUCCACAGCAAAGCUGCGCUCUCUAGACAUCUACAGGAAUGGCGAACGACUGGCAUCGAUACCGUCUCCACUGACCAACACCUCGACAAAGCUCUCCGGCCUCCAAACAGACGAAGAAUACACCUUCCAACUGAUCCUUCGAACCACCGCCGGGACUUUUCCCUCAAACAUCGUUCGUGUUCGCACACACACCAUGACCAACACAUCAGGCAUUUCUGUAUGUUUCGGUAACGUGCAGGACUCUGUCCUGCUCGAAAACACCAAGAUGGCUCUCAGGGAAAUGAAAGCCAAAUGGAGCGACAAGAUACAAAUCGACACGACGCACUUUAUAUGCACGACACCAGCUGUGACAACAAAUGGUGCCCAAGCCACAGGAGGCUCAGCUGGCGCCCCGGGCGUCGAAUAUCAACGAGCGCUACAGCUCAGUAUUCCAGUCCUCUACCCCGACUGGGUUAUCGCUUGUUACACCGAGAAACGAAUGGUUCCCAUUGGUGCCUUUGACCUAAAAGCCGAUCGAGUGACACCGCUUCGCUCCCAAUCACUAUCCCAAGUUGCCGUCAACCGCAGCCAGCCCAGCCCAGACACUGCGCACCGGAAUGCCACCAAUCGUGCCUCCAUGCCGGUAGUCGCGCGGGCCUCAACCACCUCGCCACCCAGUACGCACUCUCCCUUCGUCAACCAACCCGCAUUCGAACCUAUGCCUGAAGAAUCUGCAGAAGAGGUACCCGUACAGGCCCAUCCUCCUGCGACGGACGUGUCUACGAAGAGGAAGAGUAGAAGCGGGACAAUGAAUCGGGAGUUCAAGUUCCCUUCACCGGUAUCGUCGCCUACGGCCCCGACCCCGGAGCGUGCGUCUGUGCCUGCAGGUAACUCGCCCCCGUCUGUCCUGCGAGGUGAGUUGGGAAGGCAGGAGGAUGAGCCGAAGCCUGGCGUCAUGACCCCUUCGAGUAUAGAGGUCCCUCCCCCGCCACCUGUGGAGAAGGAGAGAUCGACGAACAGCGUGGAUGAAACGGAGGAUGAUGUUGGGCCGACGGUAGAGGUUGACUUGAGCUAA